CAUCAACCAAAAAUAAGUAUUUUUUUUUCAAUCACCCAAUUUCGGGUACUCGUUCUUUUGUUUUGGAUUUAGUCUCUUUCUGACUAAAGCUGAUUUGGGUUUCUUUUAUUGAAUCUAGAAACCUCUUAGUUUGGAAGCUUUGCUGGGGGUUCGUUUGAGCUGCUGUUGAUGAAUUUGGUUGAGGUUUUGUUUGCCCAGUUCGAUUCAAUUUAGUUUUUGUUGUUAUUCUUCUUCUUUGGAUUUCUGGGUGUUCAAAAUUUGAAUGAUUGAUACUCUUUUUGAGUUACCAGAUAGAGGAAUCAAUCUGUUCCUGGUGUUGAAUUAGUGAUUUGGGUAGAGUUUCGAUUGUGUUUUUACAUGGUGUGAGCUGAAAAGUGAGAACCUUCCCAUGUGUAAGAAGGGAAUAGUGAAUCAUCAACAGCAGCAUAAUAGUCAAGCUGUGUAUUUGAUGGAUUCACCUUCAUCUGCCCCGGCUUCCUCCGCCCCUAGCUCGAAUGAUGAAACCCCGCGUCUAAAAUUCUUGUGUAGCUUCCUCGGUAGCAUAUUGCCUCGACCACAAGAUGGGAAAUUGAGGUAUGUUGGUGGAGAAACGCGAAUUGCGAGUCUGCCGAGAGAUAUUGGUUAUGAGGAGCUAAUGAGUAAGAUGAGGGAGCUUUAUGAUGGAGCAGUGGUUUUGAAAUAUCAGCAGCCAGAUGAGGAUCUUGAUGCUUUAGUUUCAGCUGUGAAUGAUGAUGAUGUUACUAACAUGAUGGAGGAGUAUGAGAAGUUGGGUGCUGGCGAUGGAUUCACCAGGCUUAGGAUUUUUUUGUUUUCUCAUCCUGACAGAGAUUGUUCAUCAGACUAUGUUGAUGGGGACGAGAGGGAGACUGAGAGGAGGUAUGUGGACGCUUUGAACAGUUUAAAUGAGGGCUCUGAUUAUAAGAAGUGUGACUCUCCUGUGAUGGCCCCAGUUUCCGAUGAUAUUUAUUUAGCAGAACAAUUCUUUAACAGUGUGAGUGUUGAUGGUGGUGGUGGCCUUCAUAGCCAGAGAAGUGGUGAGAUGUUGAUGCCUCCAUAUAAUUUGCAUCAUCUUAAUAUUCCUCAAAUGGGAUCCUGCCAACUACCGCCACCCGUUCCGCAGAGGUACAAUGAAAUGGAAGGUACAUGGAGUCCUGCUUACUAUUGUCCUAGGCACAAUGGGCACCAUGAUUCCAGAACGCUAUCAGAGUUUCCGCCCUCACCGUCUUCAGCUUGUUACCGAGUACAAUUUCCCGAAUUAAUAGACAAAUGCCUGGAUAGAUUGCCUGAGGAAUAUGCAAGGCAGCAAUUAAGUCAUCAUUCCCAGUAUGAACAGCAACCACAGUUUUCAGAUAAUGUAAUGUGGAUGCCAGCUGGAGCAGUACCUGGUAAUAAAGUUGGUGGUUUUUCUGGUAACAUACUUCAUGGUCAUAGUGUUUAUGAGGGGAACCGCAUCUGUGAGCACUGCAGGGCCACUUUCAGCAGAAAUCAAACGCCACAUUUGGAACAUCCCAACAUGGGAAAUGGAGUUCCUCAGGUUAAUAAUCAGUGCAUGGAAUGCCCUCCAAACCAUGAAGCUUUCAUUCUGAAUGCAGAUGGAAAAUUGCAGCAUGGAUUUUAUCCCAAAGAUCAUACUGAUUCCAGUUCUGCUUAUGGUGAAACACACAGUCAUGAAAGAGGACGAGUUUUGCAGAACCAACUGAAUCCUCGAGUUGAGGAAGUGAGAAAUCAUGUACCUGGAGCUGGAAGAUUUAAUGACCACUAUGUUCUAGAUGCUGCUGGCAUGAAUUUACCUCUGGGGCAAGCUAGUUUAGCUGGCGGCCAUCAUCUGCCCUCAAAUUAUGUUCAUCACCAAUCUGGAUCUGAAUUGGGGAAUGAAGUGUUUCACGAUCAACCAGUGGUUGCUUCACCCCAUCUGCAAAUUCCUCCUGAAGAACGCGGAGUUCGAUAUGGGAAUUAUCCUUACCCUCAUGGAGGAGAUCAUGCUUAUCAAUCACCACAUGUACAUGUACAUGCACAUGCACAAUCCUUGUGGAGAAAUGUUCAGAACCCAACCCAUGGUGCUCCUGCUUAUGAAGCAUCUGGCUUACCCGAACAAGUAAAUGGUGCAUUUAACUCAGCACAAUUGAAAGGUCUGGUGGAAGGUAGUUCAAAGCUUUGUGUUACAACAGAUGGUCAAAAUCCUUGGGUUGAGUCUUCACAAAAGAUGCUGGGUUUUAAUGAGACUGCUGUUCCUGACAAUGCUUAUGGCCAUCCUCAUAAGGUGAACAUUGACUCUCAUGAUCUGGAAACUCAACAAUCUGUCACAAUGCAACCAGUUCGAUUCCCACAAGACAUGCCAAAUGUUUCCAUUACCACAGAACCUGUUCAAUCUCCUGAUCUACCUUCAACUUUAAUUCCUGAUAAAUCUGUUUCCAGUAACAUGCCUAGAUCACGAGAUAAUCCUAAUGCCAUUGGGGCAUGGAGGACUGAGGAGAAAAUUGUAGCCAUGGAAGAUAAAGAAGCAAGUCAUGCAGUGAAGAUGGAAAAAUUUGAUGUUCCAAGUAUGCGCUGCCCGGAGCAAAACAAAAUUACUGAAAAUGAAUCUGAAACAGCAGUUGUUGAGACUAGCGUUUCAAGUUGCAAAAAAUUUGUCGAAAAGGGUUAUGAGCAGGCAAAACCUGGUGAAAAAGAUCCUAGAUCUGCUAAAAAUUCAAAGCUAUCUGUAAACCAUUUGAGUUUCAUACCACAGUUUGUUGAAUCAGUUAAAAAAGCAGCUUUAGAAGAGGUUGAAGAAGGGGAAGCCAAACCUGAAGAUGGUGCCUCCAUGAAGCAUGAUUCUGUUCAAGGAGAAGCAGCUGCAAAUGAGUCAGAUUCAGUGAAUGCCCGUAGUGAGUUGGAACUGGAUCCUGAUAAUGACAACAACUCCCUGUCCAAAAUUGAGCCAACAAAGGCCGAGGCUGAAGCUAUUGCACGAGGCUUACAGACGAUAAAGAAUGAUGAUCUAGAGGAGAUCCGACAAUUAGGCUCUGGAACAUAUGGGGCAGUUUAUCACGGAAAAUGGAAAGGUUCAGAUGUAGCAAUCAAGAGAAUUAAAGCCAGCUGCUUUGCAGGGAAGCCUUCUGAAAGAGAACGAUUGAUUGAAGAUUUCUGGAGAGAAGCUCUGAUAUUGAGUUCAUUACAUCAUCCAAACGUUGUUUCUUUCUAUGGAAUUGUUCGUGAUGGUCCUGAUGGAUCAUUAGCUACUGUCACUGAAUUCAUGGUUAAUGGAUCCUUGAAGCAGUUUUUACAGAAGAAGGACAGGACUAUUGAUCGUCGUAAGAGACUCAUCAUAGCCAUGGAUGCUGCAUUUGGAAUGGAAUAUUUGCAUGGAAAGAACAUUGUACACUUCGAUUUGAAAUGUGAAAAUCUGUUGGGAAAUAUGAGAGAUCCACAACGUCCAGUGUGCAAGAUUGGUGAUUUGGGCUUGUCAAAGGUUAGACAACAUACUUUAGUUUCUGGAGGUGUUCGUGGAACUCUACCCUGGAUGGCACCUGAGCUUUUGAGUGGUAAAAGCAACAUGGUAUCUGAAAAGAUUGAUGUCUACUCUUUUGGCAUUGUUAUGUGGGAGUUGCUCACUGGUGAAGAGCCUUAUGCAGAUAUACAUUGUGCUUCUAUAAUUGGGGGAAUCGUAAACAACACAUUACGUCCGAAAAUACCAUCAUGGUGUGAUCCUGAAUGGAAGGCGUUGAUGGAGAAGUGUUGGGCCUCUGAUGCUGCAGAGAGACCUCCAUUUUCUGAAAUAUCUCAGAAGUUGAGGAGCAUGGCUGCUGCUAUAAAUGUAAAAUAAAGCCAAUCCCAAGCAACAUUACGAAUGUCACGAUCAUCGUACACGGAAAAACAAAAGUAAGACAUCCAGAUAAGUGCAGUUUUUGGUCAUCUACCUGUUAGUCGAAUAAAGCUAUACCUUCAGUUCUGCUGUAAUGGAUCUCUCGUAGUACUGACACGAGUUAUUCCGAGGGCCGAAUGUAGACCACCCUGGCUGAACUAUAUUCUCAGGGAGAGGGAGAGCUAUUAAACUAGAACUGGGAUUUGAUGUCAGUGAGUUUCAACAGGUUUUAACCUUAAAUCUCUCGCACAAAAAUGAUGAACAGGUAAAUGCAAUCACGGUUCUGGUACUACGGGUGAAUGAAUCUGUGUUUUGUCUUUGAAGAUAUGUCUGUAAAGCUAUACAUGUAAUUAGUAAUGCAAGGGACUUACAUGCUUAUGA